AUGAAGUCUAGAAUGAAAAAAAGGGGGUAUUGAAUCUGAGAGAGAGAGAGAGAGCAAGCAGGAAAUUAUAAAAUGGAUAGAUAGAUGAAUCCGUACAAAUCAACUCAAAAUAGAAAGAGAAGGUUGUUGGUUAUAAUUAGUAGGUGAGUGAGUGAGUCAAACACCUACAUACAUGUGAUUAGAUUUAGAUAAUUAAUUACCAUGUCUCUCUUCUUCCUCCUCCUCCUCCUCAUCUCCCUAAUUAUAUCUCCGGUGGUGGUUGUAUCAGGAGCAGCAGCAGCUCUCUUCCUCUUCGGAGACUCCAUCUUUGAUGCCGGAAACAACAACUACAUUAACACCACCACCCUCGACCAGGCUAACUUCCCUCCCUACGGCCAAACAUACUUCCACUUCCCCACCGGCCGCUUUUCUGAUGGCCGUAUCAUUCCCGAUUUCAUCUGUAAGCAUGCCAACUUACCCUUCAUUCCCCCGUAUUUGGAUCAUCAUCAUCCCAGGAGGAAUUACAACAUCGGAGCCAACUUUGCAUCCGCCGGAGCUGGAGCUCUUCAAGAAACAUUUCAGGGAUCGGUAAUCAGUCUUGAAACUCAAUUAAGGUAUCACAAGAGAGUAGAGAAGCGGUUGAGAAAGAUGUAUGGAAACACCGAAGCCGACACCACCUUGUCAAAAGCUGUCUACUUGUUUAGCAUCGGAUCAAAUGAUUACACAAACCCUUACUUGAUUACCAAUUCCACCCAUUUCAACUCUUCAUAUUCCAACUCCCUCCUCGUACGAAUUGUUAUUGGCAACCUGACAACCGCCAUCAAGGACUUGCAUCUAAGAGGAGCUAGAAAAUUCGGAUUUCUCAAUCUGGGCCCUCUGGGUUGUUCUCCCGGGCUCAGGAUAAUUCUUAAUCCCCCAAAUGACGCUGGGGGCUGUGUACAAUCAGCUUCAUUGCUAGCCACAAUGCAUAACAAGGCACUCGCCAAGUCCUUGAAAAGAUUAGCAAAGCAAUUGCAUGGAUUCAAAUAUUCGUUAUACGACUACAAUCACAGCCUCAAGCAAAGACUAAAACAUCCAUCCAAAUAUGGUUACAAACAAGGGAAAACAGCUUGCUGUGGGACAGGCCGGUUCAGAGGAACAUUCAGCUGUGGAGGGACUAGGCCUGUGAAAGAAUAUUCGGUGUGCCAGAAUCCUAAUGAGUAUGUGUUUUGGGACUCAUAUCAUCUGACUGAAAGAGUGCACCAACAAAUGGCCCAUCAAAUGUGGAACCAACAACCCAUCACAGGAACUUACAAUCUCAAAACUCUCUUCCAAUCACCAUAGCCCAUAAUAUGUAUACAUCUUCAUUUCAUUUUUAUAGGCAAACAAAGGAAUACAUACUAAAUGAUAGUCAUCAAGUCCACCCGGGUGUUGCAACUGGAAUCAGCAACUGCAUAUUUGUAUAAAUACUUGGUUUAAUGUUUCAUCAAUACAAAAAUAAUAAAAACAGAACGCAUGGGGGUCGGGGUUCCGAACCCGUGAUCCCCGUGUUCGUCGGAGUUGUUCAUUA